CGUUCACCCCCCCCCCCCAAUAUAGCCCGGCCCUCCACAAGGUCUGAGGGAUUUGGACUGGCCCUCUGCUGAAAAAGUUUGCUGACGCCUGGCUUAGGGCCUCAUCAAACCUAAAUCUGGCCCUGGAUUGAUUGCUACCAAUUUGAAUGGAAAGAUGCUUUUUACAGGGUAGGGGGCACCAAUGGUGCAUUGAUGGGACCAAGAGGGUGGUGAUCCCAAAAUUAUUCUUCUUGUUAUUUAGUCGUUUAGUCGUGUCCGACUCUUCGUGACCCCAUGGACCAUAGCACGCCAGGCACUCCUGUCUUGCACUGCCUCCCGCAGUUUGGUCAAACUCAUGUUCAUAGCUUCGAGAACACUGUCCAACCAUCUUGUCCUCUGUCGUCCCCUUCUCCUAGUGCCCUCAAUCUUUCCCAACAUCAGGGUCUUUUCCAAGGAUUCUUCUCUUCUCAUGAGGUGGCCAAAGUCUUGGAGCCUCAACUUCAGGAUCUGUCCUUCCAGGGAGCACUCAGGGCUGAUUUCCUUCAGAAUGGAUAGGGUUGAUCUUCUUGCAGUCCAUGGGACUCUCAAGAGUCUCCUCCAGCACCAUAAUUUUAAAAAGCGGAAACUAAAAUGAUGGAGUACGUGGAGGGUAAAAUGCUACUGAUGGGAGGCUUAAAUGGAGUGUGACCCAAAAAUGGACAGAACAGGGAAGGUAAAAGACAAAAGGAAAGGGAAAUUGCCUCAAACAUUUUUCAAUAUGACAAAAAAGCCUGGAUAUGAAGGACGCUUGGAAGUUUAAAAAUGAAAUUGAAUGGAUAAGAAAGAGAAGGAAGAGUUACAUCAAUUGACAGGCCUAGAAAUAAUAAAAAAGGUAAAGUAUCUAGAAAUCUGGAUAACACCUAAAAGCUUAAAUCUGUAUGACGAUAACUAUAAGAAAAUAUGGAAAGAAAUUAAAAAGGAGAUGGAAGUAUGGAAUAAAUUACAUCUAUCGCUUUGGGGCAGAGUAUCAGUUGUAAAAAUGAACCUACUUCCUAAGUUGAUGUUUCUGUUCCAAACUAUACCAAUCUUGGGGGGUGUAAAAUGCUUUACUGAAUGGAAAAAGGACAUAACAAAGUUUAUAUGGAACGGUAAGAGUCCAAGAAUAAAGUACCAGCUGCUAACAGACAGGAAAGAGAGGGGGGAUUUGCUCUCCCAAAUUUAGAGUUGUACCAUGUGGCAGCGGGCCUAGUUUGGUUAAAGGAAUGGGUAACUCUGAAAAAUCCAGAAAUAUUAGAUCUGGAAGGUGUGGAAAAUCGAUUUGGCUGGCACUCUUACCUACUUUACAAUAAGGUUAAAGUCCACAAGGGUUUCCUGAACCACUUAGUAAGAAAAUCAUUAUACCUGAUAUGGGUAAAAUAGAAAGGAAUUUUGGAACCCAGGAUCCCCUUGUUGACAUCACCAAUAAAUGUUGUAACAGUUAAGAAACUAUAUCCGGAAUCCUAACUGCAGACUAAAGCUGAACCUGAUUUAAACUUGAAAGAAAAAAUGUAAACAGAAGUUCAGAAUUGUGCGAUAAGAUAAGGUUAAUAUAUAGAUUACAGAGAGAAUAAUUGGAAGUUAUCACAAAGGUGUGGAUUGUACAUAUAGAGAGAUGUAAUGGUUUUUAAAGAAAGAAAUUAAUAAAGAUCUAUUUUUUAAAUAAUAAAAAAAGAAUGGAUAGGUAGGGUUUUAUCUUCUUGCAGUCCACGGGACUCUCAAGAGUCUCCUCCAGCACCAGAAUUCCAAAAUUAGGGAUUUGCAAAUCCCAGGGAGUUGCAAAAAAAAAAGGGGGGGCCACGUCGUCUCCAACCCCGUAAAUCUGGGAUUUGCACUGGGAAGCUGGAGGGAGGAGCCGCGUUGCAAAAAAAGGAGAGCGACGUUUUGCAGCCGGGAAGGCGAAGAAGCAGUUGGACGGACCGGGUCUUGGGCUUUGCAGCGGGGUUGCCAACUGACCCGAAGGAAGCCCCGCCCUCGGCUGCUCUUGUGCCUCCCGAUGCCCUGUGUGACGUCGGGGAAGGGAGGAGCCGCGUUGCACAAAAAGGGAAGAAAGAAGCUUUGGUGUGUUUUUUUGCAAGAAAGGCCAGGCGCUUUGCAGCCGGGUUGCCAACGCACCCGAAGAAAACGCACUGGCUGCUCCUGUGCCUUCCGCCGCUCUGUGACGUCGGGGAAGGGAGGAGCCGCGUUGCAAGGAAGAAAGGCUUUUCUUGCACACUUGGCAGCUUCGCCUCUGCAGCCAGGUUGCCAACUGACCCGGAGGAUAAGCCUGGACUGCUGCUGCUGCUGCGCCCCUUGCCGCGGAAGCUACUUGCUCCAGGAUGGAGGUGACGUUCGAGGACGUGGCCGUCUACUUCUGCCGGGAAGAGUGGGCGGAAUUAAUUCCAUGGCAGAAGGAACUCUACCGGGGCGUGAUGGUGGAAAACUACGAGGCAGUCCUUUCCGUGGGCCACUUGUCUGUGAAACCGGAAAUCAUCAGCAAAAUCGAACGGGAGGAGGCUGAGCUGUACAUCGGAGAGUUUUGGAAGCCGCCCCAGUGGAGAGACCCUUCGGGCCAGUGGCUAGCAGGAGAUUGCAUCAGGAUGGCAGACGAUGAAGACCUCGAAAGAGCAGCCCCCACCCGCCGGCGGCGUGGGCGAAGGAAGAAGGUCCCGUCUUCAGAAACGGAGAAGCAGGCGGCGAUUGUGCCCCCCAAGGACGAGGGCGCCCCAAAGUUGACGCUGAAGAUGAAACCUCCCAAGUGCCCCGAGUGCGGCAAGAGCUUCCUGAGCAACGUGGCGAUGGCCAUCCACAUCCGGACGCACACCGGGGAGCGGCCCUUCAGGUGCCACCUGUGCCCCAAGGGCUUCCCCUCGCGGGGGGACCUGAAGCGGCACAUCAAGACCCACCUGCGCCCCAAAAGGAGCCCGCCUCCCCCCGUGGAGGCCGCCUGCGGGGGCAAGAAGCGCCUGGCCGCCAAGCUGCAGCUGCUGAGCCACCUGGAGCGCCCGCCGGACCCCCAGAAGCCCCACGUGUGUGACCAGUGUGGGAAGGGCUUUGGCACGCCGCAGAGCCUCCGCAAGCACUGGGGGACACACUCCACCGAGCGCCCCUUCGCCUGCGCCCUGUGCGGGAGCCGCUUCCGCCUGAAGCAGAUCCUGGCGGCGCACAUGGACUGCCACGCCACCGAGCGCCCCUACUCGUGCCCGGAGUGCGGGAAGACCUUCGUGCAGGAGCGCGGCCUCCGCAUCCACCAGCUUGUCCACACGGGCGAGAAGUGCUUCUCGUGCGAGGCCUGCGGGCGCCGCUUCGCCUACAAGCAGCACCUGCUCAAGCACCUCCGCCUGCACACCGGGGAACGGCCCUACUCGUGCGCCGAGUGCGGGAAGACCUUCCGGGACCGGGCGACGCUCAGCAUCCACAACCGGAUGCACACCGGCGAGCGCCCCUACCUCUGCCCGUUCUGCGGCAAGGCCUGCCGGCAGAAGCAGCACCUCAACAGCCACCUGAAGGUGCACCGGGGACAGGUCCUCCCGCCCAGCGACGGCACGGGCCGGGCCCUGCAGAAGGCCUUGUCGAAGGAGAAGCCCCACGCCUGCCCCAAGUGCGAGAAGCGCUUCCGCGACAAGCGGGUCAUGAGGGCCCAUCUGCUGACUCACGGCGAAGAGUCCUCGUCCGCCGGGGACACCGGCCCGACCCGGGCAGAGGCGAGAUCCGCCGGCGGGAGAGGCGGGGGUCGGAAGCAGCCCUCCUCUCUGCGUGCAGCUGCCCCCCCUGAAAAGUUGCCUUUUGGGUGUGCUCAUUGCGGGAGGAAGUUUCCGCAGCGGAAAUCCCUCCUGUUGCAUCAAAGGAGCCACAGGUGAGGAGAGAGAGCUCCCACUGAGAGUCCAGUCCUGGUGUCCUGUUGGAAGGGAGGAUUGCAUUUUGACAGCAGAACAUCACACUGAGCAAGUCACACCUCAUGAAGAAAGCAACUCGUGUCGUGCCCUCUGAUUAGUUCCCAAGACCGAAAGUCCCCGUCACCGCAGGGCUUUCCCCAAGCAAUCGGAGACGGCGCCUGCAAGAAGCCUUAUCUCUCCCCUGCCCUUUUCAUGCCUCUUCUGGUUCUGGGAGAGCAUGGCAGAGGUAAGCUUGUUGCAGCAGGAGGAGACACCCUGUGCUUCUUCCCCAGCCUGACCCAUCUCUGCCUCUAAGCCUCCCUCUCCUUCUUCAGCUUCUGCCUCUGAGUCUGGACUCCUCUCUGCCACAGACUCUUCCCGCUCACUAAGCCCUGUUGCCUUCUGACACCUCCUCUUCCCAGUCUCCUCCUCCUUCCUAUUCAUCACUGUCCCACCCCCCCCUCCCCAGGCUCUGAGCCAGGUUCCUCCCCCCAUUCCGCUAUGUCCAACAAUUGCAUGAUAGAUAAAAACAUGCCAACCUGCUUGGUUCCCAAACCUUUUUGGCCAACACCCCCCCCCCGGGGGCAAUGCAGGAGUUGCUCCUUUGGGGAUGAAGUUAAACCAUUGGAGAGUUACAGCAGCUGCAGUGGCUGCAGAGACCGAAGCAGGAAGGAGAGACAUGUUUUGUUGCAGUUGGGGCAGAGGAAGACGCCCGGUUGUGCUGCUGCGGAUACACCUAUAAAAAGCAUUAUUCAGCAUAGCGGUCUGCGUGAUGCACUGUGGAAGAUAACAGCACCAUAGAAUUCAAAAGACAAAUGCUCAGUUGCAGGUAUUCAAAAUGCAGUUGCACCUGUUUAGUUUAAGUAAGUCAACAAAACAGGAUUUGGACUGGUGGUUCCCGCUUUUAAAAGUUUGAUAGUCAUUUACUCCCCUCUUGAGCCAUCCCAGUUUGGGAGUCACUGGCCCAGCCUGAAAAGGGCCCAUGGGAAUGUCCAACUGGGACAUGGCCUUUUUUCCUUUAAUGAUCCUUCUAUGUGGGCCAGACCCUUCUCUAUCCUAAAGGUAAAGGGACCCCUGACCAUUAGGUCCAGUCGUGACCGACUCUGGGGUUGCACGCUCAUCUCGCAUUACUGGCCGAGGGAGCCGGCGUAUAGCUUCCAGGUCAUGUGGCCAGCAUGACAAAGCCGCUUCUGGCAAACCAGAGCAGCACAUGGAAACGCCGUUUACCUUCCCGCUGUAGCGGUUCCUAUUUAUCUACUUGCAUUUUGACGUGCUUUCGAACUGCUAGGUUGGCAGGAGCUGGGACCAAGCAACGGGAGCUCACCCCGUCACAGGGAUUCGAACCGCUGACCUUCUGAUCAACAAGCCCUAGGCUCAGUGGUUUAACCACAGCGCCACCUGGGUCUCUCUAUCCUGCCCCCCCCCCCAAUUCCUUGUGUUUCUAGAAGUUAUGUUCAAGCAGAGGUGGAGAAUUCCCCUCCCCCAAUAGAUUUUACUCAAGUUUGAAAAAAGAUAUGCAAAUGUUAAUAUCAAAAUACCCAGUAUCUUGGAAUAUCAGAGACAAACCAAUUAAACAAAAACAAACUGAAAAGGGGGAAAGAAAAAGGAGAACUUCAAAAUGAGUCAAAAUAUCCACGCCAACAAUUCUGCAUUCUAUAAACCGAUGUUUUCUUCAAUCCUCAAACCCUGAUCUCAUCUCACAAGUCGAUUUUCUUUUUCACACAAAAGCUCCAUAAGAAGUAGUAAAUAUCGACAAUGAUUUUUCUCUUAAUAUGAAACAUCAAUUUCGCCAUCUCAGCUAGCAGCCAUUCUUCCUUGACAGAGCCAACAGGCUGUUUUCGCCCCAGACCAGCGCUAAGAGACAGUGGGGAAGAUAAAUCUAGGUUGGUGGCCACCACUGCCUCCUGUGGCAGGGAGUUCCACAAGUUCAACUAUUAUUAUUAAUGCAUCGUUUACGCAUUCUUCACCCCAAGUUCCCAGGGUGUGUUACAGCAUUAAAAACAACAUUAAAAACCAUUUGAAACUGCGCUCCGUGAGUUGCUUCCUUUUCUCUGUCCUGACAGGAGAUGUGAAAGUGAAUUGGUGUUUACAUGCCAGAGGGGAAGCUGCCUUGGUCUGUUGCAGGAAAUGCCAGGUCAGAGGCUAACGGCACCUUCAGAGAGCCAGCAAAAAUUCUUGCAAAAAGUGUGCUGCUAUGCACACACCGUGGUUUGAGGAUCAGGAAUGUUAAGCAGCCAGGUCAGAAGGAAAGGAAAUGGGGAAAGGGCAGGUGGCGAGAAUGAUCCCAUUGGCAAGAGAUUGCAUUUCGACCUCUUCACGUAUCCCAAUGCAACCAUUCUGUCUUCCAAGUACAUUACGGUGAUCUUCAAACUGCUGUAGAUUGUAAUAAUUGUAAUUUCUGUAUUUUAAUAUUUUGUUGGAGGCCGCCCAGAGUGGCUGGGGGAACCCGGCCAGAUGGG